AUGGCGUUGUUGAAUUAUGGGGCCUACUAUUCCUCCUAUUCCUCGUACCCCAUAUCACCAUAUGUAAUCUACGGACCAGAGACAAGUCCUGAGGGCAUUCUAACACUACUAGAGACUUAUUCACCAAUAAGCUAUAAUAGCCCAUCUCAAGCAAAUCCUUUAUCUGAUGAUGAAAAUCAAAUUGAACAGUAUGAGACCAAAUUCUCCUCUCAUCCACCAUCUGUCGAGCACGAGGGCCGACCAAGGUCACGUUGGUGGUGGAGAUCAUCACAUCCAUCUCCCAAACACAACAACAACUCGGAGUCGAAACCAAAGUCUCCAUGGCUAUGGAGGAGAAGAAGAUCUCCACCGCCUUUGUCGACACCUCAGCCUCACCACUCUCUAAUUCCAAAACCACAGUCACCAGCACACCAUCACGGCUCUACUGCCUCUCCGCCGCACCACUCAAAGUGGCCAAAACCAAUUUCACCAUUGUGGAAGAGGAUUAGAUCACCGCCGCCAUCACUACUUGUUUAA